UCUGUCUCUCCAUCAAUACCCGUCACUCCUCCCCCUCUCCUUCUUUCUCUCUGAUUUUCUCCAGAGACUUUCAGUUUUUGAACACCACAUUGUUCUUUCCUCCCGGCCCUCUGCUCAAAAAAAAAAAAAGAGAAGCACAGCUUCUCUUUUUUCUUUUCCUGUCCACAGAAGCCAUGUUUCCUUUCCAUGUCACCCUCUUGGUAUUACUGGCCAACAUCGCCCGGUGCCAGUAUUACGACUACGACUACCAGCCUUUUUCGAUGCUUGGGCCAUCAGGGCCAAACUGCAACAAAGAAUGUGAUUGCCCAAUCAAUUUCCCAAGUGCAAUGUAUUGCGAUAGCCGCAAGCUAAAGUUUGUCCCUGUGGUUCCCACUGGGAUCAAGUACCUGUACCUCCAGAACAACUUGAUUGAAGAGAUCAAGGCAGGAGUUUUUGAUAAUGUCACUGACACCCUGCGCUGGCUGGUGCUUGACAACAAUCAGAUCACCAACGCCAAGAUAGAGAAAGGCACAAUUGAUAAACUGACGGCCCUGGAGAAGCUAUUCUUCAGCUUCAACGAGAUCACAGAGGCAGUCAUUCCUCCCUCAAAGUCCCUCGAAGAGCUGAAGAUGACGAACAACAAGUUGUCCAAGUUUCCGUCUGGACUCUUGAAUGACAAGGAGAAUUUGACCUCCGUCAGCCUUCAGCACAACGAGCUAACCUCUGAAGGCAUCGCAGACGCAUUCAAAGGCCCGAAGAAGCUGCUGUCGUUGGACUUGAGCCACAACAAGUUGAAGAAGCUGCCAGCCGGAGUCCCGAGUUCGAUGGAAAUUCUCUACGCUGAUUAUAAUGAGAUUGAUAAAAUCGGAGCAGGGUAUCUGAAGAAGCUGCCCACCCUGCGGUACCUGAGGGUCUCCCACAAUAAGCUGCAGGAUGCUGGGAUUCCUGCUGGGGUGUUCAAUGUGACUUCGCUCUUGGAGCUGGAUCUGUCGUUCAACAAACUUCAGUCGAUCCCUGAGAUCAACGAGCAGCUGGAGCAGCUCUACCUUCAGGCCAAUGAGAUCAGCAAGUUCGAUCUGGCGAGUUUCUGCAAGUACACAGGACCGCUGAACUAUUCACGUCUCAAACAUCUGCGUCUGGACGCCAACAACGUCACGCACACCGACAUGCCCCCCGAGUCCGCAAACUGCCUGCGUCAAGCUUCUGACAUCAUGUUUGAAUGAGGACCCCCAACCGGUCCAAGAGUCCACCAUCUGCUGCCAUGACGUCAACCCAAAGCCUUCAUGGAUCAAGAUCCCUCAUACGUCUGUGCACUUAUUGCAAGCAUUUAGCAAAUAUGAAAUAUUGCUCUCAUCUCCAUUCGUCUGCUGUCACACUUUUACUUUUCUUUCAAAAUAUACAUUCGAAGCAAAAAAAUGUGUGAUUUCAUUGGAAACACAGUAAAGCAGGAGACAAAUUAAACAUUCCAGCUUUGUAUAUAAAUAUGCCAAAUAUAAAACACAUUGGAAUGUCUUACUUUCUUGAAUAUCAUAAUUUAGUUAUAAAGUAAUUUUGUAAUCUGUCUUGUAUGUUCCAUGUUUGUAUGUUAAUGAUAUGUAGCACAAUCCAGAUAGACAUCCUCAUUUUUCAGAGUGUAAUGUAAGCAAAUGUGAAAUAGCUGAGCUGAUUCAUAGCAGCCAUAUUUUAGCAUCUUGAAUGUAUCAAAGUGGACAAAAAGGAAGAUACCAGAGUUGUGAACUCACAACUGCCUGCUUUAAAUUUGACUUUUUUUCUUAUUAACAGCUUAAAGACCCACAAUAGUUUUGUUUUGAUCAACAAAAUGCCUUCUGUACAAGAAAAUAACUUUUUGAAGCAAGCAAUAAGUAAUAUGCAUUGUUAUUGUGCUUAAAGUUUCAGCCUUUAUAUUCUUGUAAUAGGAAAUAAAUGUUCAAUAACUCA